AUGGCAUUGGGGCCUUGGCUGCAGCGUUGUACGCCUGGGGUGUCUUCACUGAUGGUUAUAUUCCUUCUCACCUUUUCAGAAAGCUUUUUCAUCCUCUACACACUCUUUGUUCAUCUCGUUAUCUUCGCUAUGCCCUUGCGUAUCUUCCGUGGGGCAAGACUAGCCACACAGCAGAUACGUGCAACACUUCAAGCAUCUCAGCAAGAGACAGGCCGAGAUGAAGAUCCACCGAGUCACCAGCCAUCUUCGGCCGACCUGAUUCAUGUCACUAUAAUUCCGUCAUACAAAGAAUCAAUCCAGACUUUGCAGGACACACUCCGAAUUCUUGCAAGCCAUCCACUUGCAAAGACCACCUAUGAUAUUUUCUUGGCCAUGGAAGAAAGAGACCCUAGUGCUGUUAAGGUCUCUGAAGCACUGAUCUCCAAGUUCCGUCCAUCGUUCCUAGAUAUCCAGUACUGCUUGCACCCCUCAGAUAUACCUGCUGAGAGCCUUGGCAAGAGCGCAAAUGUGGGCUGGACAGCGACAGAGGUAGAGAGGAAAUACCUGGGCCGACAGGGCUUCCGAGAUGUGCUGGUUACAGUCAUGGAUAGUGACACUCACCUCCUUGGAACAUAUUAUUCGCUUAUUCGACAGCGUCACCAUGCUUUGCGUCAGGAGUCGGGUCUGGAAGCCAUGACACUAUACUGCGCACCUAUCGUAUUCGACAGAAAUGCACAUCUCGUGCCGAGACUUGUCCGCGCCGCUGAUAUGGGGUGGUCCUGUUCUGGGUUGUCGUGCUUCAAACAUCCAGACGACUUUCGCGGCGUAGUCUUCCCCACCUCGGUUUACACGCUACCGCUCAGCCUCGUGUCCGCCGUCGGCGGCUGGGAUACUGGACCAGGUGCCAUCGGUGAAGACAUGCACAUGAUGCUCAAGUGCUACUUCGCGACAAACGGCCGUCUUAAUAUUGAAUCCAUCCCAAGUCCUGCGAGUAUGUCCAACGUUACUAGUGGGGCAACUGGCUGGUCCGGCUGGGUUGGGGAUCACAAGGCUCGCUAUUUUCAAGGCCUUCGUCACAUGUGGGGAUGCCUGGACUCAGGAUACGCAGUGGCCAGCUGGCACCAGAUGGCCUCGUCGUCCAGCGCUGGCAAUGAAAUUGCUGCUCACAACUUCAAGAAAGACGACACUAAGACUCGUAGCAGUCUCGGCGUUGGGAAAGCCAAAGCUCGUGCCAGCAAACGUCGGCUUGCAUGGCUCAGGAACGCAGUGCUCUUCCUGCGCCUGUUCGAGGCUCACAUCUUGCCUCUGCACAUCUCAUGCAUCCUCCUCGCUUCCAGCUACUACUCUUCAAACCUAAACUCCUACAAUACCAGUCCGUAUCUAGGGGUGGUUCUCAAGCUUACAGAAUACGCAAGGACUGUAAACGGUAUACUCAUGGCCAUCUGCCUCACCACUGCUUACGCAGAUUUUCAGAAGGUUUGUGUCCAGACCAAGCAUUGGGAGAUGCGUCAGGCGGGGGCGCUGGAGCCUGGGAAGUAUUCUCGACAUUUUAAGCCUCCCCGUCACAAGUAUGGUGUUUGGGACUUUGCCCUUGCUACAGGCAGUGCUGUCCCAUGUUUGGAGCGAUCAUUUAACGUAUCGGGUAAGUGGAAAGCCUACCAAGAGUCACAGCAGUUGAGGAGACAUCCUUGUGGAACGGUCAAGGGCAGAUGGGGUAUCAAUGUAGCUGCGGGGCAUGGAACGAGACUGUCGUUGUUCAAGACGAAGGAUAUUUGUACAACUUGUGUUGGAUCCAUGGAUACUUAG